CAACACUACAAAUCUAUUACAUUUAUUGAGGUAGGAUGUCAAGUUCUCGGCUGCAAAGUGUACUUGCGCGCCCACUGCGUAAGUUGGUACAAGCAAGAUGUAGUAGCAGUAAAGCUGUUGUUGCCCCUAUAGUAACCUCUGACUCUUAUCGAAAAUCCCUACUAAACAUAAACCCGACCGAAGUGACUACGCUGAGCAACGGACUACAUGUGUGUAGUGAGUACAUUGACACUCCUACUGCCACUGUCGGACUCUGGAUCAACGCUGGUAGUCGCUGGGAAAAUGCCGGAAAUAAUGGUGUCGCUCAUUUCUUAGAGCAUCUCGUUUUUAAGGGUACAUCCAACAGAACACAACACGAACUAGAAUUAGAAGUAGAAAACAUGGGAGCUCAUCUUAACGCUUACACUUCUCGGGAACAAACUGUUUAUUACGCAAAGUGUUUUGCUAAAGAUGUGGACAGGUCCAUGAAUAUCCUAGCUGAUAUCUUGCAGAACCCAAGACUUGAUGAAGGAGCUAUCGAUAGGGAACGACACGUCAUUUUGAGGGAGAUGCAGGAGGUGGAAACGAACCUACAGGAAGUGAUAUUCGAUCACCUGCACGCUAUUGCCUACCAAGGAACCCCAUUAAGCUACAACAUACUUGGACCUACCGAAAACAUCAAAUCUAUUGAUAGAGCGGAUUUGUUAGACUACAUUGGUCGCCACUACCAACCACACCAGAUUUAUCUGGCAGCAGCUGGAGGAGUAGAUCAUGCGGAACUGGUCAAACUGGCUGAGAAACAUUUCGGGGAUAUGCAAACUACAAACGUUUCAGAGGUCGAAUAUCCUGCAGCCAGAUACUCCGGAUCUACGAUGAACAACAGAGAUGACGCAAUGGGUCUCGCUCACGUAGCUCUGGCUGUAGAAGGUUGCAGCUGGACAAACCCUGAUUACUUCGCUAUGAUGAUCGCCAAUACUUUGAUCGGCAAUUGGAACAGGGCCCAGGGUGGAGGAAGGACAAUGCCUAGCGCCUUCGCAAGAAAAGUGUACGAACAAAAACACCCUCAGUCAUACAUGGCGUUCAACACCUGUUAUAAAGAUACUGGACUCUUCGGAGUAUACGGUGUUUGUGAGCCGGAUGAGGAUGCCGUCCGAAAGUUCAUCGGUGCAAUCCAAUCCGAAUGGAGGAGAAUCUUCCGCUCUGCAAGUCCCGGAGAAGUGCAGCGAGCUAAGAACCUGCUGAAAACUCUGCUGCUCGCCCAGUGUGACGGUUCAACUGCUGUCUGUGAGGAUAUAGGUAGACAAAUGCUCACCUACGGUAGGAGAAUACCCCUUGCUGAGAUCGAUGCCAGGGUUGAAGCUGUAACCCCUAGUGUGCUGAAGAAGGUUGUCGGAGAAUAUGUGUACGAUCGGGACCCCGUUCUCGUUGGAAUAGGAGCUACAGAGGGACUGCCAGAUCAGCUAUUAAUCAAGUUCCAACAGAGUAGUGGUAUGGACUAAGGUCUUCAGAUGCCAACGAAGGUUUUUCAGUAGCCGGUAGCAAACAUUAUAAAAACUACUCGUUCACACAAACUGUUUCCCUACUCCCUCUGUGAUCCGUCAAAUUUCGAUCUGUGUUAUUCAUUUUGUAUAAAUUAUUUGGAGUUUUCAUGAAACGGAUA